UAAAUGAAGCUAUUACCAAAAGCAGAAAAUAGUUGCCGCAGGCGUGGGUGUCUGUAUCAGAGGGAGUUGGUAGAGUAUUUAUCUCGAGGAAGGGCGGGGACAGCUGAAGUAAGACUUUUGCCUUAUUAUUGGUUUAGAUUUAAGGAAGGAAGUCACACGGAACAACCCACCUUGCAACUAUCUGCCAUGGUUGAGGUGGAAGCUUAGUUGGGCUUAACUUGGUGAUUGUUUUCUUUCAUAUUUGAAAGGAAAGCUACUCUCUUGGAAGAAGUCCCCAAGCCUGGCAUCCUUAAGCUGAAGGCGAUGUUUUAUUACCGACACUGUUUUUGAAAGCCAGAGGAACUGUGGCCUCCCACUCCACCAAAAGCGUGGGUGUUGGGCCGCCCAGGUGCCAGAGGUGGUGGGAGACCCAACCGGUGGCUCCUCACUGCACGUCUCUAAUCAUGUAAAAUACAGCAUAUGGGGGUAAGGUGGCGCGCCCUGGGCUCCCACUCUCUGGAACUCCUCUCCCAGACACUGGGGCCACUGUCGCCACUGCUGAGACUUAGCAGUUUUAUGACUUUCUCGGAUUAAAAUGGAAAUUUCUUGACGGAGGGAACUGAGUUCAUUCUCCCAGCCUUGGCUGUCAGGCGGAGCCCCGGGCAACUCGCUCACCGCCGAGAAGCCACUUUGGAGUUUCACGCCCCCCCCUCCACCCCACCCCUGGGAUGGGAAGGAUGUUCAGUUACUCGCGGGCAUGCUGUCGGAUGCUAGGAUGGAAAGUCACAGCCUGCAGGCUGGAGUGAGCCGAGGGAAGCCGGGUCCCUGACUGGCGGACUAGGCAACAGUUUCUUUCGAUUGUGCCCACUGAAAUACCGAAGACUUGCUCCCUGCGCGGGAACCCAGGCGCCACUGCCCGGAGCGCUGCCCCGAUCUCCUCCAACGGGCUAGCUAGUACCUGGAGGGCAGGUCAGGGCAGUUCCAGUUCACACCCCCUGAAGAAGGAUGUCAGGACUUGGCACGGCGGCGGCUUAGCGGCGGGUGAGCGCAGCGACCUGCAUCUCCAGUUUCUCCACAGGGCACACGGCAGACUUAACCUUCCGGACAGCUCCAGAUCCCUGGGGAGAACCAAAUCAAACUCCUGCCCCGGAGAUUGGCUCAGGAGGCCCGUUCUCCGUGGGGGGAGGGGGAAGACAGUCUGGGCGUGGGGAGUGGAAGGAGAGAAGAAAGGGGGAGCCUGCGGUCGGGUGUGCGCGCGUGGGAGCGCGCCUAGGAGCGCCCCUCACACCCCCGCUCCAGGCCUGGGGCCGCUUCGGGAAGGAGGGAGUGGUAGCCACGGGAAUGAGAGGGAGCAAGAUAAACCUUCUCAAAGUGACGCCCCAAACACUUCGGAUUUCGAAUUCGAAGCUAAAGGCUGCUAGAAAUUGAGACUCUUCGGCCUCCUCCGCACACCCCCCUCGGCCCCCGCCCCAAAGACCCGGUGGUUUGCUGGCUGCCUGCUUCCCGCCCCCGGCUCGGAGGUCUCUGGCACGCGGGCGCCCCGUCGGCCGCCGGCUUCCUCCUUCAAACCCGCCGGCGCACAUGAGGCCACUGCCCCCGCCGCAGGCGCUGGCACCCCCCUCCCGGUGCCCGUGGUGAUGCCAUGCCCCGCCACCACGCGGGAGGAGAGGAGGGCGGCGCCGCCGGGCUCUGGGUGAAGAGCAGCGCGGUGGCCGCGGCGGGCGGGGGGCGCCUGGGCAGCGGCAUGAAGGAUGUGGAGUCCGGCCGGGGCAGAGUGCUGCUGAACUCCGCGGCCGCCAGGGGCGACGGCCUGCUGUUGCUGGGCACCCGCGCGGCCGCGCUCGGCGGCGGCGGCGGCCUGAGGGAGAGCCGCCGGGGCAAGCAGGGGGCCCGGAUGAGCCUGCUGGGGAAGCCGCUCUCCUACACUAGUAGCCAGAGCUGCCGGCGAAACGUCAAGUACCGGCGAGUGCAGAACUAUCUCUACAACGUGCUGGAAAGACCCCGCGGCUGGGCGUUCAUCUACCACGCAUUCGUUUUCCUCCUUGUCUUUGGUUGCUUGAUUUUGUCCGUGUUUUCUACCAUCCCUGAGCACACGAAAUUGGCCUCAAGUUGCCUCUUAAUUCUGGAGUUCGUGAUGAUUGUCGUCUUUGGCUUGGAGUUCAUCAUUCGAAUCUGGUCGGCAGGUUGCUGUUGUCGGUAUAGAGGAUGGCAAGGAAGACUGAGGUUUGCCCGAAAGCCCUUCUGUGUUAUAGAUACCAUUGUUCUUAUUGCUUCAAUAGCAGUUGUUUCAGCAAAAACUCAGGGUAAUAUUUUCGCCACGUCUGCACUCAGAAGUCUCCGUUUCCUACAGAUCCUCCGUAUGGUGCGCAUGGACCGGAGAGGAGGCACUUGGAAAUUACUAGGUUCGGUAGUUUAUGCACACAGCAAGGAAUUAAUCACAGCUUGGUACAUAGGAUUUUUGGUUCUUAUAUUUUCAUCUUUCCUUGUCUAUCUGGUGGAAAAGGAUGCAAAUAAGGAGUUUUCUACAUAUGCAGAUGCUCUCUGGUGGGGCACAAUUACAUUGACCACUAUUGGCUAUGGAGACAAAACUCCCCUAACUUGGCUGGGAAGAUUGCUUUCCGCGGGCUUUGCACUCCUUGGCAUUUCUUUCUUUGCACUUCCUGCCGGCAUUCUUGGCUCAGGUUUUGCAUUAAAAGUACAGGAACAGCACCGCCAGAAACACUUCGAGAAAAGAAGGAAUCCAGCUGCCAACCUCAUUCAGUGUGUUUGGCGUAGUUAUGCAGCUGAUGAGAAAUCUGUUUCCAUUGCAACCUGGAAGCCACACUUGAAGGCCUUGCACACCUGCAGCCCCACCAAGAAAGAACAAGGGGAAGCAUCAAGCAGUCAGAAGCUAAGUUUUAAGGAGCGAGUGCGCAUGGCUAGCCCGAGGGGCCAGAGUAUUAAGAGCAGACAAGCUUCAGUAGGUGACAGGAGGUCCCCAAGCACCGACAUCACAGCCGAGGGCAGCCCCACCAAAGUACAGAAGAGCUGGAGCUUCAAUGACCGCACCCGCUUCCGGCCCUCGCUACGCCUCAAAAGUUCUCAGCCAAAACCAGUGAUAGAUGCUGACACCGCACUUGGCACUGAUGAUGUAUAUGAUGAAAAAGGAUGCCAGUGUGAUGUAUCAGUCGAAGAUCUCACCCCACCGCUUAAAACUGUCAUUAGAGCUAUCAGAAUUAUGAAAUUUCAUGUGGCCAAACGGAAAUUUAAGGAAACAUUACGCCCAUAUGAUGUAAAAGAUGUCAUUGAACAAUAUUCUGCUGGUCACCUGGACAUGCUAUGUAGAAUUAAAAGCCUUCAAACACGUGUUGAUCAAAUUCUUGGAAAAGGGCAAAUCACAUCAGAUAAGAAGAGCCGAGAAAAAAUAACGGCAGAACAUGAGACCACAGAUGACCUCAGUAUGCUCGGCCGGGUGGUCAAAGUUGAAAAACAGGUCCAGUCCAUUGAGUCCAAGCUGGACUGCCUGCUAGACAUCUACCAACAGGUCCUCCGGAAAGGCUCUGCCUCAGCCCUCACUUUGGCUUCAUUCCAGAUCCCAUCUUUUGAAUGUGAACAGACAUCUGAUUAUCAAAGCCCUGUGGACAGCAAAGACCUGUCCAGUUCGGCGCAGAACAGUGGCUGCCUAACCAGAUCAGCUAGUGCCAACAUCUCCCGAGGCCUGCAGUUCAUUCUGACGCCAAAUGAAUUCAGCGCUCAGACUUUCUAUGCGCUUAGCCCUACUAUGCACAGUCAAGCAACCCAGGUGCCAAUGAGUCAAAGUGAUGGCUCCGCAGUGGCGGCCACCAGCAACAUUGCAAACCAAAUAAAUGUGGCACCCAAGCCAGCAGCCCCAACAACUUUACAGAUCCCGCCUCCUCUCCCAGCCAUCAAGCAUCUGACCAGGCCAGAGACUCUGCACCCAAACCCCGCAGGCUUACAGGAAAGCAUUGCUGACGUCACCACCUGCCUUGUUGCCUCCAAGGAAAAUGUUCAGGUUGCACAGUCAGAUCUGACAAAGGACCGUUCCCUGCGGAAAAGCUUUGACAUGGGAGGAGAAACUCUGUUGUCUGUCCAUCCCAUGGUGCCCAAGGACUUGGGCAAAUCUUUGUCUGUACAAAACCUGAUUAGGUCGACAGAGGAACUGAAUUUACAGCUUUCAGGGAGUGAGUCAAGUGGCUCCAGAGGCAGCCAAGAUUUUUACCCCAAGUGGAGGGAAUCCAAAUUGUUUAUAACUGAUGAAGAGGUGGGUCCCGAAGAGGUAGAGACAGACACUUUUGAUGCCACCCUGCAGCCAGCCAGGGAAGCUGCUUUUGCAUCAGACUCUCUAAGGACUGGAAGAUCCCGAUCAUCUCAGAGCAUUUGUAAAGCAGGAGAAAGUACAGACGCCCUCAGCUUGCCUCAUGUCAAACUGAAAUAAGCUCUUUGUUUUCUUUCUAGGCAUAGCAGUUCCUUUAGCCAUACAUAUCAUUGCAUGAACUCUUUUGAAAGCCCUCCUAAAAAGUUGAAAUUGCAAGAAUCAGGAAGAACAUGAAAGGCAGUUUAUAAGCCCGUUAUCUUUUAAUUGCAUGAAAAUGCAUGUUUAGGGAUGGCUGAAAUUCCGAGGUGCAUCGACAUUAACCCACUCAUUUAGUAAUGUACCUUGAGUUUAAAAUCAUCAGAAACCAAACACUGCUAAUGCUAUGGGGUAUAUGAAAACGUCAAGAUUAGGUGAUUUACAAGUUUCAACACUGUACUUUGAAAUUGUGGAAGAAAACACUUUCAAAUUUCAGGCAUUUCUGCUUUGUAACUAAAUACGAAAUACAUUUUCAAAAUUAGGCCAUAAUGUGUAUUUAAACAUAAUGGCUCUCAAUAGCUGCUAACAAGGUAUCAAGUAAAACAGAAUUUGGGAAUAACAGAAAUGGCUGCUUAUUUCAAGAUAUAUUUGCCAACCCAUUUCUAUUCAGUCAUUUUAUUAUUAAUGUAAUUUAAGUGUCAGUUUGUACGCUUUUGGUGAUUUAGCGCUGUGGCAAGCAAUUUUGCACAUUAUUUUCAUGUUGUUCUUUAUGACAAGAAUGUUUUUCAUUUAGAAAAUGUGCAAAUAAUGAAAUUCAGGACCAGCAGGGCAAAUAGACUCACUAUCUGACAUAUUUGACUUUAUGGAAACAUAUUCCCUGAUGGCAGAUUCAACUCUAUAUGAGUAGUCAGCUUCUAUACACAUGCAUGAAACACUGAUGAGUAGAAUAGCCAGUGUGACUGGGCAUCUCUGCAAUGGCACCAACCCCAGGUUUGCCAAUCCUGGCCACGUGAAGGGCAAGUGUGAGGAGCUAUUGCCAUUUAGCCGACACACAGGUAGGACCCUGGGGAAGGGGACAGUUAAGUGGAACUGAGAGAAAAAAAAAUGCUUAAAAAGAAGCCAGAAAUAACACCAGGAAGUAGACAAUGUUCAGAAAAUUACUUCUCCCUUAAAAGGCAGUGAGAGGGAAGGAGAGAAACAAACCAAAAUAAAAGAAAUCAAUUUUUUGGAUAAUGAGUAUUGCUAGGGAAUUCAACUGCCUAAGCAUCUCUUAUUCUUAUAUAGAAACAGAGAAUUUUGCAAGUUAUUUAUUUUUUAAUAUACCCUGAAUGUCUUUUGCUAUUAUGUAUUACAUUUUUGCAUAUGAAAGGCUAAAACUAAAGGUUCCUUUACUUUUUAUACUGUAGUAAACACUUUGUAUUGUCCCUGAGAAUGUUGUCCCAAAUCUGAAAUUACCAGUUUGGUUUCCUUGUAUAAACAUUCACAAUUAAGAAGCCAGAUAGCACUGCCGGGUCUGCUGAUCACCACACUUUAUAAUAUAUCAGUGCAGCAAAAAGAUCAAGGAAAGGAAAUUUAAAAUGCAUUUAACAGAAAGUGAAAAAUGGCCAGGUGCUGUGGCACACCGUAUUCCCAGCAACUCAAGAGGCUGAGGCAGGAGGGUCGAAAGUUCCAGGCCAGCCUCAGCAAUUUAGUGUGGCCCUAAGCACCUUAGUGAGACCCUGUCUCAAAAUAAAAAAAAAUUAAAAUAACUAGAGAUGAGGCUCAGUUGUAAAGUGCCUCUGGGUUCAAUUCCCAGUACAAAAAAAGAAAGAAAGAAAGAAAUGCAGGCUGGUUUUUAGAAACCUAGCUCUCUCAGAUGGUCGGAACCUGGGCCAAAGGCAAAGAGAGGUAAAAGAACAUUUCAAAUCAGUUAAACUCAAGAACGGAAAGGAAGAGCUUUUCCCUUGGCAAACCUCUGAGCUGCCUCCAGGCAAACUUCUCCAGCAGCCAGGGAAAAUGACCAGGAAUAGUAACUGGCCAUUCAAAGAAAAGAGGCCCUGAAAUCCAGCAAUCCUUCCCAAGUCGCCCCUAGCAGAAGCUUCUCUAUCACUGACUAUCUUUUCUUCUUCCUGGAUUGCUUAUUUAUUCCUACCACUAUUUUGCUUUGAAAUUUCACUACGCCUUACCCAGCACCCAUCCCCAAGUAAACCAGUUCUGCUCUCUACCUAAAAAUGCUUUUCAACAUUUUUAAAAUUUUUGUCCCUUUUGAUAAACACUGAAAUUUUAAAAGCUUCCUCUUCUCACCCCACUUGGAUCCUAAUACAAUCCCUUGGAGUGUAUCAUUCAGAAACUUCUUGGCUACUGGAGAUACCCAGAAGAUAGAAUCUAAAUUUUACACUCCAGUUAAAAAUAUUUUGUCAAGCUUUGAAGGUUAUUAUUUUCAUUUUCCAAACAUAGAAUGUUAGUCAAUUAUUAAAUGCAAAUUUUCAUCUACCCUUGUCUCUACUCAACCUGAAAUUCUGACAUAUCUUCCCAAGGACAUUGCACACACACACACCCAUCCACAGACCUAAAGCCAGACACCUGCCCUGUACUCAGCAGAUUCUCUCCAAAUAUUAGCAGAGGAAGAAGAGGGAGGCAGAACCUUUCAGGUAGCACUGAUUCUUGGACAUACUCUGUCCCAGGUUGAACCCCACUGGCAGCAGGAAUUCUGAAUGUAUCAGGGACCCCUUCUUAGGCCUUCUUAGGCCUCGAACACAGAACAGUUGAUCCAGCAUUGCUAAAGACUGAAGAUUCAGAAACAAUGCCUAAACACAUCACUGAGGUCUUAAUCAUAGCAAAAUGUGAUAAAUUAUAUUGUGGAAAACUUUUAUGCAUCGAAGCCAUGACCAUUUUGUCUAUCUUACUCUCGCACAAAGAAAAAAUCUCUUGGAUGUUAAGAUAGUUGUAUAAUGUGAAAACUGUAGAUUGUCUGUUGUGUCACUCUAUGGAAAUGAGAAGGGUCUCCCAUUUACACUUAGCAAAACCCCAUUGGUCAAUCCCAAAUGGUGUCUUGAAGCACAAUUUUGCUGAGUACUGAGUAGCCACAAGCUUUCUCAGUUCAGGUUUGUCAGCCUUCUUCAACAUGUAGGCUUGAUCAAGCUAAUAAUUAAUUGCAAAUAUCCCAUGUAUGAUGUUAAUUAAAAAUUUUUGCUAUGUCUUAUCUAAAUGUUUGCAUUUUGUUCAAUUAAAUUGAUAUCUGUAGAUUGCAAGUUUUGUUUAAAGUAAGACACUUUCCUCAGUUUUUAAGUCAUUAUCUCUUAUUCUAAGGUGCCUUUCUCACCUCCCACUGACUCAGUGAUUUCGAAAGUUCUUAAUUUGAAAGUCAAACAAGCCUAAUAAUGAGAAGGAAAUCAGGCACUAAGUGAUUAUGUCUCCUACCCAUAUGAAAAGCAAACCGCAAAGAAUGAAGAAACCUGGGCGACUAAAUAUAUGGAUCACUUCAUUCAAUCACAUUGAGGAAAUAUUGCAGAUAUUAACUUAACUCCCCAGAAGCUGAUAUUUUUUGCCUUAAAUGACAUGGUUGUGUUUUUGUAAGAGAAACUUAAUAUAAUUAUGUGCAUUUAAGUGAGCAAUUCUAAAAGUCAUGUACGACAAUGCAAUUGUCUGUUUCCUGAAAACAAAUAAAUCAGGAAUAUGGUAUCCAUUUCAAGCUAUCAUUAAAAUGUAAUUUCCUUUGCUCUCUU